UUCGGUUUUAGUGAUCACACGCGCUAAGCAAAAACCCAUCAGCCUUUGUUUUGUUUUAUUUCAUUUUUUUAAUUAAAAAUGACUGACGUUUCCACUGCUGGCACAACUUAUGCGGAUAGUCCGUAAUCGAGGAAAGGAAGAAAACAGAUUUCGCACGAUUUCGUUAGCGUCCUCAGGAAAAAGGCAGUGAAAUAAAUAACUCAGUUAUUUGGAAUAGAUAAAGAGAUUCGUGUAUGUGGUAAGAAUUGGAACGGCAUCAUCAUGACAGCACUUGAGAUAGCAACCUUAGGAGAAAGGGAAGAAAUAGGAACGGUUUCGAUGAGAAGUGAUCUUGAAACGUUACGUCGUCCGAGUGAUCCGUUCGGUCCCAUGUACAAUCCAUACUGGUGAUGGGUUUCUCGUUCUUAACUAUCCAAAAUUAGCUCCACACAGCUCGGAAGCACUUCAACACUCCGGUGGAAAUGUGGCCACGUGGCCACAUAUUAGAGAGUUUGUUUUUUUGCUAUCAAUUAACCAACUCACUGCUGCCACUAACUUCUGCAGUUUCGCCAGACUUAAUCGUACGUCGAAACCACCAGAUAUCUAAGUGCGGAGGAGACGAUACGUUACCCAACAUGUUGUUGAGCUAGAUCUGGGAUGUGAAUCCCUCACUGGAUCGGAUGAAACAGUCUCGUGUGCACGAAUAUUCUGUUUUAGUUUGGUUUGGUGUGCGAUCUAGAAGGCAACAGUUCCUUUAUCUGUGCUUAUACGUAGCUUGAUGUUUGGCUAACAAUUCGGUACAACUUUGUGCGAAAAUCCCAGCGAAUUUCUGUGUGGGUGUUGUGUUUGGUUUGCUUUUCUUAAUUGCGUGAAAGUGUGAAUCGAAUGUCGGAAACUGCCGUAGUACCUCCGCCGAGGUUACACCAGAAUGUGAUACCACCAGCGAUGCAACCAUUCGCGCCCAGAGAGUAUCGACCACCAUUAUCCAUCAUCAAAUUUCUCGAGCUGUCGUUGGCAGUUACCUGCACUACGCUACACUACUACAGUUUCAACGAUGGUGAUCUCGUGACGGGAUUUCUUGCCACAGGAACGUUCUGCGGGUUUAUCGUCAUUCUGUUCACCGUAAUGGCAGGCUACCUGAUGAAGGCUCAUCUUAAUCGUCGGUUAAGCAUUUUCUACAGCCUGCUGGGAUGUGGUUGCUUUCUAACGUCCGGCGUAUUUAUUAUCGAGGCGUGGGAACAUGCAUUUCGCACCCGUACCCGUGAUCUUGCCAUCACCAAAGGUUCCAUAGCGGUAAUCAAUGGAGUGAUCUUCCUAAUGGACACGAUCUUUACCUUUCGUGAGCGAAAGUGAACCUACCGUAAUAGUACUACAAGCGCCGCGUACAAUCUGUACCGAUGUUUAGUGUUAGCGAAUGAGUGUUUGUAUUUUUUUGUUGUUGUGCUGUAGAUUAUAAUGAAAUGAGGUGAAUACUAACAGGAAUGACAACCGGUGUAGUUUAAUAUUUAUCGUAAAGCUGCUAAUGAAUUUUUAGCUUGUUUUGUAUUCGCGAAAUUAUUAUAUCUCGUUUAAUUGCUUAAUUGUUCAUUGUUAAAAAAUGAAUUUAUUUUUAUCAUAAAGGCCAUUUUGCUAAGAAAUAAGUACAUGUGAAACCAAAAAAAAAAACAAAGAAAAAAACUCAUUUUGCACAACAUUUGUCAUAUUUCACGCGCUAUGUCAACGAGCCACUAAACCAUUCAGCCAUUCAGAAGAAGAAUAAAACAAGCAACGGUAUGAGGUGCAGCAAAAAUUCAAUCAGUGUCGAAAUGCAAUUCAACUCUCCGGCACCGAUACCGAUCGGGAGAUCUAGAAUAAGCAUCAGGCGAAAAGCAGUAGCAAAAGCAAACAAUGAAUAAACCAGUAAAACUAUGCAUAACCUUGCAACCCCGUCCCAUUUGCCGAGUUCGCCUUCGAACGCACGAUUGCAUUCGGAUGCAGCGACCAAAAAAAAAGCGAAGAAAGUUUAAACACUGGCACUGGGCAGAUGCACGAACUACAAUCAAUGAAUGAAUCGAUUCAGUACGCAAGAAUGAACGGCUCUGGUCUACGGUAUAUGGUACCGGAACGGUUAGGUUAUGUUCACCCCGUUGACACAUAUUAUUUAUACAUGCAACGAAUCAUACCCUACCCUAUAAGCUAUCUGCAGGAGAAGUUCAUUUCUGUGUGCUGCAGAAAUGCAGAAACAGCAUCUGACGCGAGCUUCCAGCGUUUGUCGCGCUUCCGCUGACUGUUUUGAGGUGAAACCCGAACGAUGAACAAUCUGCAGUGCAAAUGUUCGGACCCGAAGCAAUCUAAUCCACCGAAGUGGUGUGUUUUAUCAAGCAUUUUAGUACACCGGUACGAUUGGUACUAAUAGUGUUCGGUAGGUUCAUCGCGUAAGUUCAUACGAUUGUUGCUCACCCAGUGGACGAGACAACAUAACAAAACUGUUCAAUAAGUUUUAACAAGUUAAAUUAAUUUUCACGAAAAAUAUUACAGCUAACACAGAGCAAAUCAACUGGGAGCAACGAAUUGUUGGAAGAAUUUUGCAAGAUAUUUAAGAAUUUUGGCUGAGUGAUUGACAUUAGUCUACUAUGACAUGCUAGUUGCAUACAUUUAGGCUGAACCAAUUUUAGAAAAAAUAAUAUAUUAUUUCUUUGGUCCAUUACGCUUACAUGAUUGUACUAUAUGUCGAAAAAUCUCAAUCAACACCUAUUAAAACAUUAAAUACAAGUCGUUAAACUCAGCAUUCAAAAUUUAUUUCAACAGAUUUGAUAUGUGUACUUUACAUGAUACAUGAUACAUGAUGAAUUUAUGACGUAGGCUAUAUGUAUAAGCUAUGGUUCGUGGCACUAGUGAUGGGCGCUCCGGAGUGCAUCCACGACUCCGGAACCGGCUCCGAUUUUAGCGCGGAGCCGGGUCCAAACCCACGGACCCGGAACCGGUUCCAAAGCCGAAUUGCUUUCUCGCUUUGGCAGGUUUAAUUCUUAGUUAGGCAGAGCGAGAAAGCAUGCUGUUUAGUCUAAUAGGGC